AUGGGGUCAUCUGUGUCCAAGGCUGCCCUCGGGGCCACCACGGAUGAGUUCAUGGAACCUGAACCGAAACACCUAACUGAUCUAAUACAGUACAUAAAUGAAACAAAUAAGAGUGUUGAACACCUGGCUGAUGUUCUUUCUGAGAAAACAAGGAGCAGCAGCUGGGUGGUGGUGUUCAAAGCCCUGGUUACUGUGCAUCACCUUAUGGUGCAUGGAAAUGAGCGUUUUAUCAAACAUCUUGCAUCUAGAGACUCUUUGUUCACUUUACAAAACUUCCUGGAUAACAGUGUCACAGAAGGCCCUACUAUGUCAACUUUCAUCAGACAGUAUAGCAGGUACUUGAAUGAAAAGUCACUCGCAUAUAGACUGAUUGCAUCUGACAUCACCAAAACCAAGAGAGGGAUGGAUGGUAUGAUGAGAACUAUGAAUACUAAAGAGCUGCUCAACACACUUCAAAUAAUUCAAAUUCAAUUUGAUGCUCUUCUUAAUUUUAAGGCAAAUCCUGAUGAACUGACUAAUGGUAUAAUACAUGCUGCUUUCAUGCUCCUCUUUAAGGAUUCUGUUUGCCUCUUUGCAGCUUACAAUGAGGGAAUCAUUAAUCUGCUAGGCAAGUUUUUUGACAUGAGAAAGAGCCAAUGUGAGGCAAGUUUGGAUAUUUACAUAAAAUUCCUUGACAGAACAACCAAACUGGCACAGUUUCUGAAAGUUGCAGAGGAAGUUGGAAUUGACCAAAACAACAUUCCAUAUAUUACUCAGGCACCCCAAGGUUUACUUGAAGCACUAAAACAGCAUUUAGCUUCUUUGGAAGAGAAAAAUGAUGAUUUUCCUCCUUCCAAAUUUGACGUGAAGUCUCCUCAGUCUUCAGAGAUGGAAAUUACUGAUGGAAUGAACUGGUCAUUGAGUCCCAUUUCUAUUGAGCCUUUUGUCUACAAGUGUCUAGGUCACAGUAAGUGCUCGAUAAAUAUUAGCCAGCAGUGUGAUGGUGCCGAUGAUGAUGAUGAUGAUGAUGGAGGUUUUGUGCACAGUACUCCCGCUCACUAA